CCGAGAUUCACAUUCGCGGGCCCUGACAACGACGCGCCACAGGCGUGGGUGUAGGCUCAGCACUUCCCGCAUCCGCUUCCCUGAUCAGCAAGUCCUACAGCUGUAGCGGCCAGGACAGCGCCAGCUACAGUCAUCUCGCGUUCCAUGUCUCGCAAUUAAGAGGCGUUGGAUCUCGCGCGCAUCGGCGGGUCGCAAUGCAGCAAAGCGACAACACCGGCGGCCGCGUCCACAGCGCGCUCAGAGCACCGAAAUCGAAGACUCAUUCGCGCGCGUUGCUUGUGCCCAGCAAUGAAGCGACUACCAGCUCCACUCACUUGGCAAAUACAAUCAGCAAGGAUGCGGAUGCGAUCCGCACCGACGCCGACCAGACCGCUUCAGCAACCAGCAGCGAAGGCCAGCGCGCGGCUCGUUCUCUGGGCCCUAGCGCUGCUGAUUCCGGCAAGCGCGGAAAGCCCAGCAGCUCGCUACCGCGCCUCGCGCGCCGAAGCGAUCCAUGCGCCUUCGCUUCAUAUUCAUCAAGGUAUCCCAAAAGCCCACUUGUGCGACGCAACGCCCAGCAAACCUUCGCGAACAAGGUGCUCGACGCAAGAGAGGCGUCUUGCGCUCCCUCAAGUCACCAGACCCUUCGAACCGGUCAGGGUCCAAAUCAAGAUGAGCUAGCCAUCCUCGUCGGACAGCCGGGCACUGCAGCUGCUCUCGACCGGGCGGACGUGCUUGAUGGUGACAGCGCCUCGAUGGGGCCUGGCGCGAUCAGCAGGACGGGCCACGCGCCGAGUCUCAGCCUCCAUGAGAGGCCUUCACGCCCAUCGAGAGCUUCUCUUGAUGAUCGUAAAUACCGACCUCCGACUCCCCAAGAAUCUCGGAGCAGUUUUGCUCUGCCAGUCACCAUUUCGAACGAAUCACGCCGUCGCCUGUCACCGUGUGCGCGAACUCCAUCCUUGGGCUUGCGCAGCUUAGACAAUCUGGUUGGCGCCAACGACAACCACAUCGAGCUCAAGGAGGCGUUCUCUACGAGCCAGUACUCAAAAUCCGCAACCGACAAAAUCUCGUCCUUGAGAACGCUCUUGCCGACACUCGAAGCGGAUACAGUGCUGCUGAAGCGUGACCUCGCUGAAUCUGCCACACCGCGGGCAUCAAAAGAUCGCACUCCCACGAGCGCUGUCCAGUCCAAUCAAGCCGUGCUCACGAUGCGAUCUGCCGUCUUUGGACACAAAAAGACGACUUCAAAGGGGUUUGACACCGACUGCAAGCUCGUCCGCGCGAGAGACACUGAUGGAACACACGCCCGGGUCUCGGGUCUCGUCGCAAAUACCUCUUCCAUCGAUAGCGACGCCAGCACUACUGGCGUGCUGUGGCCUAGGGCACCCCUGCUGGUUGCGUCCCGCACCGACACCCAUGUAGGUGGGUCGACACGACGCCAUGACGACCCUCAAGGCUUGAUUCCCGAAGCGUGGCAGCUCUCGCAGCCGCAAAGUCGCCCAUCUCCUCUGUCGUGGUCUCAAAGACUCCAAAAAGGAGAUGCAGCUACAGGACUCCACAAGAAUUCUUCCUCGGUGUCGAAACCACAACACUUGGCGGAAGCUUUCGACCUUCACGGUGCUCGUCAGAUGGGCAAGAGCGCAAUGACGGUGCCAGUGGACUGCCACAACGCUGUUCCGGUCUCUGAACCACCAAGCUCGCCUCAAGAUCGGAUGACAGCGGGUGCUUCUCCUGUCUCCAAAUUCAGAGCCCUACCCAGGCUGGCAUCGGCGAAGAAAGGGAGCCAAGUAAGGGCAAACCCCCUUAUGGGAAUGCCUAUGAGCCCAGUCUAUCUGGGGGGUCAUUCUUCCGUCGCUCCCGCUGCUCGGCCAGCACAUAGUCAACGAACCCUUUCGCACGGCGCAGAAAUUUCAUUCGCGACUCAAGCUGGCCAGACUACCUUCGACCAUCUCAACUCCACCGCCUUACAUCCGUCGCGAUCGCUGACUGAUCUGCGUGAGACGGCGUCUGCGAUCUAUGCAGUGGGCGGCUCACAAUCGCAGCAGGGCACACUUUGGACCCCAUUGAGUGUCCGUCGCGAUUGGCCUCGAUCAGCGGCGACAUCGGACGCUGUGGCACGAUACUUGAAGUAUGGUCACGACCAGCCUUAUAACCCUGCUCAAUCGGCGCUCUGGUCGAGCUUGCGCCCAGGCAACGUCAGCAGAGGCGCCUAUUCAGAGUCAUCCAUCAUUGAAAACAUCGAUGAGGAAGCGUCCGACGUGGUCGAAAUGCAGAAAAUCUUCCCGCACUUCAAGAAUGACAAGCUAUGGUACCGGCAAGGACCUAGGCACCUCAAAGACGGCCCCCAUGCUGCGCAUGGAGGCGGUCGCAGUGUCUCCGUUGACGAUCUCGACAAACUGGGGCUCCGUCCGCCACUAGAGACGCGCACCCAACGCGACACAAGCAGUCUUGAUCAGCGGCGAAGGAGGCAAAUGACGUUCGACUCUCUCUGCAUGGACGCUCCGAACAAGAGCGAGUACGUGAGACAGCGUACGCAAACUUUCGCCGCCGGCGAAAGCGCCGUUGCAAACAUCAUCAACAUGGAUGCGAAACACAUCCGAAACUUCUCUGCAUUGUUGAACACUCAUGAGAGCGCCGCGAAAGCGGCUACCUACGUCCCGCUCGAAGGCUCGUGUCAGCCCGUAGCUUCACCGCAAGAUGCACCGAAGAUCGUCAUGCGCGCACCUCAUUUUGGGCAAAUGGAACGCUCAGCGCCAGAAAUUGCACUUAGCGCGACGUCUAUCGAUUCUGGCUUAUACAAGCCUUCAAAUGAAGUUUCGAAGGCCCUAGCUCUUUCGCACAUGCAAGAAAUCUCGCCCAGUCAGGCCAAUCCUGGCCACUCGCCUUCUCGGCUGCACAUCGCUAUCGCUGGCAUCUCGCGCCCGUGGAGCUUCGCCUCCGAAGGCAGUGCCUCGUCUGCUUCCGAUAUGUACUUCAGCCCAAACACCACCAAUGACGAUCUGGCACUGAGCCCAGAGGCGGACGGUAGUCCGCAGGCGUGCUCGGACGAGCCUCCUCACGGACAUGCCACUUAUCAGCGACCUGUCGGUGAGGCGCAGCAACCACAUUUUGAGCGUUCCCAGACUCCCGCGUCGGCGCUUGCAGCGUGCCUGCAGGAUCGUGCCUGUGGUGUCCCCCCUCACGACUCGAUCUCACGAGAUCCAAUCAACAGAGCAACAGUCGACGAAUCGCACAUCGCCAAUAGAUGCGUCUCGUCAUCUUCUGCGCAGUCCGGGGAAACGGCCACUAAUUCUACGUCUGGUGGAGCAAAAUAUCGUUUCGAGGUUGUCAACUCGCCCGCGGGAUCUCGCAAGAGCGUCCUCGAGGAACAAGAGAAGGCGCAGCCUGAAGAGCCAGAUAAUGAAGUUUUUCCUACCCUUGACAGUCUUCCGGAGCUCUACGAGCUGUCGUCAGUCGCAGGAAGCGACGUCAGUAGUGUAGAAGAUCUAAGCGAGGACGAAAAGUGCGAUACUCUACAUCGCAACUCGACCCGAUGCCGAGACUCAAACGGGCCAACUCUUGAAAGUUUUGAGCUGCUGGAUUCCUUUGCGGCUCUCUCCUGCGGGGACUCAAAUUUGAGGACCAUGGCCAUUGCUGGCACAUCUGCCCAGGCGCUCCGACCUAAGAUUGCGCGCUUUCACACGGUCCCAUCGGCUCAAGAACAUGCAUCGCAAGUGCUGUUGCAGGACUUGGAAGUUGAUUUGUGCCCAGAAGACUUCGAAAUUGUUCCUGUUCUUGAUAACGAAACCAACUCGACACGACUUGAGCUGCGAUGGCGCUUGCGCUUGACGCUGCCUGGUUCGAAUGUCAGUCUUCGAGAGGUCAAGGGCGGGACCACUUUGAGCAGCGCAGCUCUGGAGCGUCUGCAAUCGCUCCGGACAGAUGUUGAUUCGCAAUUGCCUCGAGCGAAUGCAAGCCAGCUCGACAGUAUUCAUAAACACGCACCGAAGGGUGACCAGCCGCACUCGCUACCGACGAUCGAGACCCCUCGCCAAACUUUGCAAACACUUUCUAGUGCGUCAGACAGCCUGGACUCUGACUUGACACGAACAGCGUCUCUUGUUCAGACCAUAGCUAAGGACCUUCGCGCGGGUGAAGGGCGCGGAUUUGCAUUCCGUCCUUACGGCCAGGUACGACACGCAUCGCCCUCAACCUUGAAGCAACACUUCGACCGUUCCACACCUGCUACCCUUGGUGGCCCCAAAUUCAGUCCCCGUCCUCUGCUUCUCGCUCCAAAUGGUCGUCAUCCUGGUGCCAACAGUCCCCGCCGCAGUGAGAGUCCACUGCCCCGCCUUACUUCGCAUCGUCUUUUGGACACGGCCAGCUCGGGUCAGCAAGUCCCGACAUUUGCCGUUCAUGCCGAAGCAAUGGCUCCCGCUUCAGCGGAGGGCAAAGGGCUGAGACGCAUCCGAAAGCUGCGUCCCCCUCCGUUGAUCUUGGCUAGCAGCUUUGGGGCCACUGGACAUGGCAGGGUUGGCCGAGCCCACCACAACCGCUCAAGCCGAGAUGUCAGCCCUCGUCAUAUCACACCGUCUGGCAUCAUGCCGUACCACUACUCGGACAUUGAAGGCGCCCGCAGACUUUUGAAACCUUUGACGCCGGCAGGGACGAGCAGCUGUCCCAAUUCUGCUUUGAUGCCGUGUUUGGAGCGAGAAAAGCCGCGUCAUAUCUCAGGACAAAGACACAGCGCGAGUUACUUGAUGGACGCUCAGGAGCUCGCAGACGACAGAUCUCCCGGCUUGGUCGAAGACCAGGCUAGCAUCGCCGAUACGUCCAGCAGCGACACUAUGGAUAUGGAGCUGACGGACAAGCAUCCUCCUGCCGACCUCCUCUUUCAGACCUCUUCGUCUUUGGCGCACAUCACCGGAGCUCGCCAAUGAGUCACCAGCUUCGGACUUCGCGCCUGGAUCCACGUGCCUCGCACCUUCGGUCUUACUGUUCCUUCUUUCUGACUACUGCCUAUUACUCCGCUUCGUCGACUUCUUAC